UUUUUCCGUAGCACUCAUUCAGUGCCCGCGCGGCUCCGCCUGAGCGUCUCCACAAUGGUCAUCUGCGGCCUUUGAGUGCGUCUUGCGGAGGCUACGAUUGACUGACUACGUUUUCGAGGAUAAUCGUGCUCACUCUGCCACCACCCUUCCGUGUCACACCCAUCGGACCUUGUCCCGCAAUUUCCCCUCAUCGACAAUUGAAACACUCCAUUCAAGAAGACAACAGACUAAUUUCACGCCACUAUCAUUACGAGUCAUCGACGAACGUCGGGCCUAUGGCGCUCACAACCGCGGAAAGACGUCAGUACAAAAGAUCGAGCAUUCCAAGAGUGAAAGAGCAUCAGAGCUAGAUUAUGGGACGGGCCGAAACUCACCUCGACCAGCUUGUCCAUGGUCUCGUCCUCGAAUCACGACAAAGAUGUCGUCCUUGGGCGCUUCGAAUCCGGCGGUACGGAUAUGGUCCGACACCGCGUCCGUCUUCGGGAACCACUAUUCGCUCGAUGAGUGCCGGGACGCAGCGGAGGCUCGCGAUUGGCUCACGAGGGAAUGCUGGACCAGAUUCGCCUUUGCCGCGGGAACGGUCUGCAUCACCGAAUCCAUCAGUCGCUCCAGCCUGGCAUGAAGCUCGGGGAUAGGGAUCUCUGGGUGAGUCUUGAAUACGCCAAAGACGUGCGUGCGCUCGUCGGCCUCGGGGAUGUGGACGGUCGUGUGCAGAUCCGCGGAGAAGACGCACGAGUCCGCGAGCGCGCCCGAGUUGGCGGCCGCAGCGAUUGCCUCCUGCAUCGAUGGGUCGUUGCUGAGCUCAGCGCAGUGAUCAUUGCUCUGCAAUGUAAAGCAAGAAAACAUGUCAGCGCUCUCGGCCCGUAAAUGGCAGGAAGAGAAUACGAAACAUGAGCUUGCGUGAUAAUGGCUCCGUAUUGCUGAGGUGCGGGGAGUCCCAAAUUGACAAUGGAUUCGUCCAGCUUGCUGUUUUGAACAACCUGGAAGGUCGUAGAUCCGCUCAAUCGGCGUCAGAUGGCAGGGAAACACAAGUCGUACGAGCUCGAGGGCAGCCCAAUUCUUCUGUACAGUGGGGAGCUGUGCUAUCUUGGUUGCAAAUUCAUCUAGCUGGCUGUCAAAAUCGGCCUUGGAGUUGCCGCUGGGGACCUUGAAAAGACAGAACGCGGGCGCAGUUUCUUUGAGGUUCGCUGAAGCGGGCAUGUUGUGCAAUAUUAGAUGGGAAGAGACAUCCUCAUCCUUUUAUGCCAUUGAGGUCGGCUGCAGCUCGCGUCCACUCGACAGGCCUAGUGAGGAAAGGGGGGAUGAAACCAAUGUCUUGAUCGUGAUUCCUAGUUUACAGCGUUACAGCUGUGUCGCACUACUGUACAUCAGUCUUU